AUGGACAGGGAUGGCAACCGAAACUUUGACGCAGACUAUUGCAUCUUACGCUUCAAGCGAGAGUUGCCGAACAGAAAGAGCCAGAGAAGUCUCACGAGGCGGCGGAGGCUGAGCAACCACGCUACCACUCGCGUGGAUGAGCUAACUCCGAAUUUUGGAACUGAAAUUCAUGGAGUAAAUCUUGCUAGGUUGACCAAGGAUGAACGAGACCAAGUAGCUCUCGAGGUUGCCCGCCGGGGUCUACUAGUCUUCAAGGACCAGGCGGAGUUCAUUAAUAGUGGGCCAUAUUUCUACCUUGAGUGGGGCAGGCACUUCGGAAGAUUGCACAUUCAUCCCACAUCCGGGCAUCCUGAUGGUUAUCCUGAAAUUCACCUCGUCUAUCGCGACGCAAAUACUACGUUCGACUUCGAGUACGAAGACACCAUUACAUCGACUGUCUGGCAUUCAGACGGUUCGCCCGAUCUUCAACCACCAGGACUCACAACGUUCUUUCUACUUGCUCAACCACAUACGGGCGGUGAUACGCUCUUCACGAGCCAAGUUUCCACGCUGAAGAAGCUCUCACCUACGUUUCUUGCGUUCCUCAAGACACUCAAAGCAUUGCACUCUAGCGUCAAGCUAGCAGACUUCUCGAGAUCUGGUCGUCGAGGUGGAGUCGUCCGUCGUGAACCUGUUGAAAAUAUACACCCGGUCGUUCGCCGUCAUCCAGUUACUGGAGAAGAAGCGUUGUAUGUCAACAAGCAGUACACAAGGCAUAUUAUAGGGCUUAAGAAGGAAGAAUCACAGAAUAUUCUUAACUUUUUGUACAACCAUAUCGCAGCAUCAGGAGACUGUCAAACUCGUGUCCAUUGGUCACCGAACACUGUUGUUCUCUGGGACAAUCGGAUUACAGCGCACCGGCAAAUUUUUGAGACUUCCCUGAAUGAUACGGUCUUCAGAGUGCUGUUGCAGACUACGGGAAAGGACUCUCAAUUGAACGGCGUCAUGGAGCACGUAUUACACCGCAGGCUGAACGUCCGAUACCGGCAUGGGACGGAUUGGAACUUGAAGGUGCGAAGGGAGAAGCAGCAACACAAAUGA